AUGACGCAACCUGGCUUUCAAAUUCCAACAUCGCAAUUAAUAACAGAACAACCCAAGCAAGAGAACUUACAACUUAUAGAGAGAAAGCGUCGUUUAUUAACAGAGCUCGCAGCACUUGAAAUGGGAUUUUCUUAUUUUGAUUACUUAGAUCCUUCAAGAAAUUCAUUACCAAGUAGUGCAACAGAUGUUCCAUGCUCAGUUGAAUUACUUUCUGCACCAAAAAUCGAACGAAAAUAUUUGGAUAACAUCGCAUCAUCAAAAGCAUUAGCUGAUUUAAUUACAGACAUAGCUCAUAACCCAUCUCCAUUACCAUACAUUGGUUCUCGAACUUCUCCAAUCUGUAAUGAUAUUGUGAAGCACGCAAAUGGCUUCUUUGCUCAAUAUGAAGCAUCAAGAGAACAAAGAGCAGGCAUUCUUACAGCAUUUUGUAUCAUUCCGCGCAAAACUAAACAAGAAACUACAACAAAAACUUCAGAAUUGCAAGAAAAGCCUAUGGAAGAAGAUCCAUCAAAGAGAGUACAUCCGUUCUUCCCAGAUGUUCGUGAUGUAAAGCCACUGCUCGGCUUAAUCAAGGAACAACUUGGAGAAUUUCCAAACUUUAUCAAAGAUCCACCUACAGAUGCGGAAUGCGAAGAAAAUCUAUGGGUGAUGGGUGAAAAUGAAAUUCACGAUCAUUUAUUCAAGAUUUGCGGCUCUUCAAGCGAUGACGACUUCGAUCCUGAUGAACAACUAAUGAGGAUGACUCCAUUGCAACCAGUUCAACCAAUACAACAGAUGCAAGUCCAAAAUGCGGCGUAUAUGAACCAAAAUAGAUAA